AUGUCUGCCCUCCGAAGGAAAUUCGGGGACGACUACCAGGUCGUGACCACCUCCUCCAGCGGCUCGGACUUCCAGCAGCAGCAGCAGCAGGCGCCGGCCCACAGGAAGAAGCGGCAGCGCUUCGUGGACAAGAAUGGCCGGUGCAACGUGCAGCACGGCAACCUGGGCAGCGAGACCAGCCGCUACCUGUCGGACCUGUUCACCACCUUGGUGGACCUCAAGUGGCGCUGGAACCUGUUCAUCUUCAUCCUCACCUACACCGUGGCCUGGCUUUUUAUGGCCUCCAUGUGGUGGGUCAUUGCCUACAUACGGGGUGACCUGAACAGAUCCCACGACGAUAACUACACGCCGUGUGUGGCCAAUGUCUACAACUUCCCCUCCGCCUUCCUGUUCUUCAUCGAGACAGAGGCUACCAUUGGUUAUGGCUACCGAUACAUCACGGACAAGUGCCCGGAGGGCAUCAUCCUCUUCCUGUUCCAGUCCAUCCUGGGCUCCAUUGUGGAUGCGUUUCUCAUUGGCUGCAUGUUCAUCAAGAUGUCACAACCUAAGAAACGGGCAGAGACGCUCAUGUUCAGUGAACAUGCUGUUAUCUCCAUGAGGGAUGGCAGACUCACACUCAUGUUCAGAGUGGGCAACCUCCGCAACAGCCACAUGGUCUCUGCACAGAUCCGCUGCAAACUCCUCAAAUCUCGCCAAACACCUGAGGGUGAAUUUCUUCCUCUCGAUCAACUUGAACUGGAUGUAGGUUUUAGUACUGGAGCAGACCAACUUUUCCUUGUUUCACCACUUACAAUUUGCCAUGUGAUCGAUUCCAAAAGUCCCUUCUAUGACCUUUCUCAACGAAGCAUGAAAACUGAACAGUUUGAGAUAGUUGUCAUCCUAGAGGGCAUCGUGGAAACCACUGGAAUGACUUGUCAAGCCCGAACAUCAUACACAGAAGAUGAAGUUCUCUGGGGUCAUCGAUUCUAUCCUGUUAUUUCCUUAGAGGAAGGAUUCUUCAAAGUAGACUAUUCCCAGUUCCAUGCAACAUUUGAAGUCCCUACUACACCUUACAGUGUAAAGGAACAGGAAGAAAUGCUUCUUAUGUCCUCCCCUUUAAUAGCACCAGCUGUAAGUAACUCUAAAGAAAGGAAUAAUUCUGUGGAAUGUCUAGAUGGCCUAGAGGACAUUGGUACAAAGAUACCAUCAAAACUGCAAAAAAUGACAGGAAGGGAAGAUUUUCCUAAAAAGCUAUUGAGGAUGAGUUCUACUACUUCAGAAAAAGCCUACAGUUUGGGGGACCUACCUAUGAAACUUCAGCGAAUAAGUUCUGUUCCUGGCAAUUCAGAAGAGAAACUGGUAUCUAAAACCACAAAAAUGUUAUCAGAUCCCAUGAGUCAAUCUUUGGCGGAUUUGCCACCAAAACUUCAAAAAUUAUCAGGAGGCAGAAUGGACGGAAACCUCCCUCCCAAGCUGAGGAAAAUGAAUUCUGAUCGAUUUACAUAACAUGAACAGACCUUUAGGUAAUAUUUCAUGUUUGAAUUGCCAUCACUCCAAUUUGGGCUGGAAAACCAUACACUGGAAACUGUCUUUGAUUACCAGUUUUCCUUAGAUCUACAUGCACUCUGCGACAAUGCUCUCCCCUGAGGUCGAAAGACUAUGUUGAAUUCUACAAUCAAAGAUCUAAAAUUCAGCUUGGGGCCAUAUGAAAGCUAAUAUUAAUCGGCAUGUAGUAUCACAACAAGCAUGCAAUAAUAGUACGCAAAUUUUGCAUAUAGUUUUAUGGCAUGAUUCUUACUAUAUUUAUACUGUAUAUUC